UGUUGAGAGUCACGUGGUGCGGCCUGUCCCUGCUUCCGAUUUCCAGUGCACCGGGACCUGCGGGCUUUCGCCCAAAGCCUGCUGGGUUCGGCACGACUCAGAAUGCGUUGCGGCCAAUUUGCAGCGGUGGCCCCGGUGCGCCAGUUCACCAACUGCCGCAUCCUGCGCGGCGGCACGCUGCUCAGGGAGGAUCUGUGGGUGCGCGGGGGCCGCAUCCUGGACCCAGAGAAGCUGUUUUUUGAGGAGAGGCGCAUGGCUGAUGAGCAGCGGGACUGCGGAGGCCACAUCCUGGCUCCCGGCUUUAUCGAUGUGCAGAUGAACGGUGGAUUUGGUGUUGACUUCUCCAGGGCCACGGAGGACGUGGGUUCUGGGAUCGCCCUAGUGGCCCAGAGGAUCCUGUCCCACGGUGUCACCUCCUUCUGUCCCACCCUGGUCACUUCCCCACCAGAGGUUUAUCACAAGGUCCUUCCUCAGAUUCCUGUGAAGAGUGGAGGUCCCCAUGGGGCAGGGGUCCUCGGGGUGCAUUUGGAGGGCCCAUUCAUCAGCCGGGAGAAGCGGGGUGCACACCCUGAGGCCUACCUCCGCUCCUUUGAAGCCAAUGCUUUUCAUGAUGUGCUGGCCACAUAUGGAUCCCUGGACAACGUCCGCAUUGUGACACUUGCCCCUGAAUUAGACCGGAGCCUUGAAGUGAUCCAGGCAUUGACAGCCCAAGGCAUCUGUGUGUCUUUAGGGCAUUCAGUGGCUGACCUGGGGGCUGCAGAAGUAGCAGUGCAGAAUGGGGCCACCUUCAUCACCCACCUCUUCAAUGCCAUGUUGCCUUUCCACCACCGUGACCCAGGCAUAGUGGGGCUUCUCACCAGUGACCAGCUGCCCCCAGGCCACUGCAUCUUCUAUGGGAUGAUUGCUGAUGGCAUACACACUAACCCUGCAGCUCUGCGCAUUGCUCACCGGGCUCAUCCCCAGGGGCUGGUGCUGGUCACUGACGCUGUCCCUGCCCUGGGCUUGGGCAAUGGCCGCCAUACACUGGGACAGCAGGAGGUGGAGGUAGAUGGGCUAAUAGCCCACAUUGCAGGUGAAACUUGGGUAUGCCCUGUUUGUCCACUGGGCUACCAGGCCCACAGAGACUCCCUCCUCCAAUCCUGGCCUUUCUGCUCUCAAGGCACCAAGACACUAUGUGGCAGUAUAGCCCCCAUGGAUGUCUGCAUCCGGCAUUUCCUACAGGCCACAGGCUGUAGUGUGGAGUCGGCUCUGGAAGCUGCAUCCCUCCACCCUGCCCAGCUGCUAGGGCUGGAGAAGACCAAGGGGAACCUGGACUUUGGUGCUGAUGCAGACUUUGUGGUGCUCGACGACUCCCUCCAUGUCCAAGCCACUUACAUCUCGGGUGAACUGGUGUGGCAGGCAGAGGAAGCUGGGCCGUGACUGAGGAUCUUGGCUGGAAAGGACACGUGGCUGCAGCUGGACACUGACAGCCCAGGCAGUCCAGGGAGCUGGUUUCCAGUGAGCAAGCUGGGAGCCAUGCCCCAGGUCUCACGCACAACCUCAUCACUCCACGGAGGCAUAAAUACAGACAGUAGGACUUGA